UAUUUGGGGUGGGACAUUAAAUUGGGACACCCUGUAUAGUCAAAGGGCUCAUCAGCGUGCGAGCAGCACCGACUGCACCCGGCUGCACCGAGUCUCGGAGCAGUCUCGAGCGCGCACGUGCACACGUGUGCUCUUUCAGCCAUCUGUAGCGAUCUGUACGGCACACAUCCUUUCGGAGAGGCUCGCGCGUCUCCUCUGGGUCUUUUUCGGAGUAAAGCAAGGUAGCGACUCGCGACGAGGCUUCGACGACGGGAAAUUAUGGCGGACUACGUGCUGGGCGAUAUAAAGCCGGCGGACGUGCCGCUACCGGACGACGGCUUGUCGGCUGCGCAACUAUUCACCGCGGGUGACGGACUCACUUACAACGAUUUCAUAAUAUUCCCGGGCUACAUCGACUUCACCGCGGACGAGGUCGAUCUGCUGUCACCGCUGACGAGAAAAAUCAUGCUCAAGGCACCCCUCGUGUCCUCGCCCAUGGACACCGUUACCGAGUCCGACAUGGCUAUAGCGAUGGCCCUGUCCGGUGGGAUCGGCAUCAUUCAUCACAAUUGCAUCCCCGAGUAUCAGGCGAACGAAGUGCACAAGGUGAAAAAGUACAAGCACGGCUUCAUCAGGGAUCCAGUGGUGUUGGCGCCACAUCACACGGUCAACGACGUUCUAAACGUCAAGGCUGAGCACGGCUUCAGCGGAGUACCCGUGACGGACACGGGCAAGGUCGGCGGCAAGCUGCUAGGUAUCGUCACCUCCAGAGACAUUGACUUCCUCGAACGUUUGCCCAAUUAUCAGCGUAAAUCGCUGAGCUCUAUCAUGACCACUCUCGAGGACCUCAUCACCGCGCCGGCCGGCGUCACGUUGCAAGAGGCGAAUGUCAUUUUGGAAAAGUCCAAGAAGGGAAAGCUGCCCAUUGUCAACGAACGGGGGGAACUCGUCUCCCUGAUGGCGAGGACCGACUUGAAGAAGAACCGUAGCUACCCGAACGCCAGCAAGGACGAGAACAAACAGCUGCUGGUGGGGGCGGCGAUAGGGACGCGGGAGGCGGACAAGCACCGGCUGGAGCUGCUCGUGGCCGCCGGCGUGGACGUAGUGGUGUUGGACUCGUCGCAGGGCAACUCGAUGUACCAGGUCGACAUGAUCAAGUACGUGAAGUCGCAGUUCCCAAACUUACAAGUGAUCGCCGGCAACGUCGUCACCACGAUGCAGGCCAAGAGCCUCAUAGAGGCGGGAGCGGACGCGCUGCGCGUCGGGAUGGGCUCCGGGUCGAUCUGCAUCACGCAGGAGGUGAUGGCCGUCGGCCGGCCGCAGGCCACCGCCGUUUAUAAGGUUUCCGAGUACGCGAGGAAGUUUGGAAUACCCGUGAUAGCGGACGGUGGGAUUCAGUCUAUCGGGCAUAUCAUCAAGGGUCUCAGUCUGGGCGCCAGCACAGUUAUGAUGGGCUCCCUGCUCGCCGGUACGUCCGAGGCUCCGGGCGAGUAUUUCUUCAGCGACGGAGUCCGGCUGAAAAAGUACAGGGGAAUGGGCUCGCUCGAGGCCAUGGACAGGAAGGACGCCAAGGGCUCGGCGAUGGACAGAUACUUUCACAACGAGAUGGACAAGAUGAAGGUGGCCCAAGGUGUCAGUGGCUCGAUAGUGGACAAGGGCUCGGUCCUCAAAUUUCUCCCCUAUCUCACUUGCGGCAUCAAGCACGGCUGUCAGGACAUUGGCGCUAGGUCGCUCACCGCCCUGCGUUCUAUGAUGUAUUGCGGGGAAUUGAAGUUUGAGAGGAGAACACACUCGGCUCAGCAGGAGGGCAACGUACACAGCUUGUUCUCCUACGAGAAGAGGCUCUAUUAAUUCUGCUUAUCUCGUUACGCGGAAUUGGUACCUGUUACAAGUCUAUUUACCUCGGAGCUGCUCUCGUCGACGUUACACUUGAUCGAUUUUACGUACAUUUUAUAUGUUCACAAGGAGCGAUAUUAAGAUCGAGUGUGUUGGCGCAGCAGAUCAUUUAGCCGCAAAAAAAUGAUAUUAGCGUCACGCCGAAACAGGCCGCUCUUCGCUGUUCUUCGAAUUCUCUUUUACAAUCUUUGUUGAAAAUUCUACGUGCAGUGCCGGUUUUAGCAACAUUCGCGCCCUGAGCAAGAUUAUCGUGGCGCCCAUUCAAAUUCAAGGGCUCGAAAUUCUUGCGAAAGAAAAGACAGGGUAAUAAUAUCGAACGACGAACCCCAUUUUGUUUUUAUAUUUCAGGGAAUCUCUCUCUCUCGCUCUCAAACUAGGUGAAACCAGGCAGCGGCGCCCCUACAGAUUUGGCGCCCUGGGCGACCGCGCCCCGCCCUAACGCCGGUACUGACUACGUGUAACUUGACAGAAUAGAACGCUAUUAAACCCCGAAGAAAAUACUGAGAUCUCUCCCUUGCCCAGUAUCAACUUGCGGCGACAUCCGGCGAUAUAUUUUAUACAGUAUUCUUGUAUAAUAAACUGUAUAUCUCGAAUAAAUGGACCAACUUGAUGUAUUAUAAGCAUGA